AUGGCCAAACCUGUAAUUUCAAGCCAAUUCAACUAUAUCUAUCUAUCUAUCUAUCUAUCUAUCUAUCUAUCUAUCUAUCUUUGUCAUGUUUAUUUAUCAUUCGGUUUCUAUCUAUCUAUCUAUCUAUCUAUCUAUCUAUCUAUCUAUCUUUGUCAUGUUUAUUUAUCAUUCGGUUUCUAUCUAUCUAUCUAUCUAUCUAUCUAUCUAUCUUUGUCAUGUUUAUUUAUCAUUCGGUUUCUAUCUAUCUAUCUAUCUAUCUAUCUAUCUAUCUAUCUUUGUCAUGUUUAUUUAUCAUUCGGUUUCUAUCUAUCUAUCUAUCUAUCUAUCUAUUUAUGUCAUGUCUAUUUAUCAUUCGGUUUCUAUCUAUCUAUCUAUCUAUCUAUCUAUCUAUCUAUUUAUGUCAUGUCUAUUUAUCAUUCGGUUUCUAUCUAUCUAUCUAUCUUUGUCAUGUCUAUUUAUCAUUCGGUUUCUAUCUAUCUAUCUAUCUAUCUAUCUAUCUAUCUAUCUAUCUUUGUCAUGUUUAUUUAUCAUUCGGUUUCUAUCUAUCUAUCUAUCUAUCUAUCUAUCUAUCUAUCUAUCUAUCUAUCUAUGUCCAAAUCGUAUCUCAGCCUCUUUCUUUCUAUCUUCAUAGUAUCUCUUUAUCUACCCCUUUCAUCAUCUAUCUAUCUAUCUGUUCAUAAUUCUUUGUCCCUGAUAGACCACUCGGCAGCCAUUUUAUAUCUAUCAGCCUUUUCUUUGAAAACAUUUCAUCCUAUUUUUUAUUUUUAUUUUUUCUACGUGUAUCAGAGCUUUACGAAAAGGUAA